AUGUACUCUUCCUCCUCCACGGCUCGUGUCGGGACCCUUCCUCCCAUUGCUAUCAAACUUGAUGGCACAAACUACCCUCUUUGGCUUGCACAAGUUGUUCGUCACUUAAAAGGUCGAAAUUUCAUGGGCUACGUAGACGGGACGAAGCCAUGUCCCGCCUAUUUUCUGAAUGAUGAUCAAGGCAAAAGUACUUUUAAUGUUGAUCCCGCCUUUGAUGCCUGGAUUCAUGUGGAUCGAACGAUCCAGAAUUGGAUCAAUGCCUUGCUCACUCCCUCUGUCUUCUCUACCGUGACUGACUCCGCUUCUUCACGGACAACAUGGGUGUCUUUGGAGAGGCAUUAUGCUUCUCCAAUCGACACCCGGGUUUUGCAGCUGUGUGGUGAGCUUCUUCAUGCAGCUAGGGCUGACUACGUCUCCACUGCGGCUUACCUAAACAAAAUAAACUCCAUUGCAGAUAAUCUUAGGCUUGCAGGCAGCCCUAUCGCUGACCAUGAUUUAGUGAUCAUUGUCAUGAAUGCCUUCCCAACAUAUGAGUUUAGCACCACAGCUAUCACCUUUGAUUAUCUUCAGAAGGUGCUGUUGAAUCUUGAAAAACAUCUGACUCAGCCAGGUGUGCCUGUUUAUUCUCUUGAACCUACCACUGCUCCCAUCCAUGCCUCACCAUAUCGUGGCCCAGGCGUCGAUCCAGCUGGUUCUUCCCAGGCUGUUGGUCCUUCUAGUACUACAAAUGCUAAUGUUAAUGGUAACAGUGCCUCACCUUCCAAUAGUGCUUCUCGUCCUUCUCCGGCGGGUUGUUAUUGUUGUAUUUUUGGCUCACCGAAAGUGUUAACAUGA